AUGGGACGCGAAGGAGAAUUUCCCAGUCUGUCAGCAAUCACUCGCACUCAGCCCAGCAAACACCCCUUCAAACGAGCGCCGGAAGGCUAUGCAAUAUCAGAUUACUCCUGGUAUUCUGCCCACUCUGCCCCUGCCAAUCGCCGACACCACCUAUUUCCCCUCUGCACCAUAAUGACUAGGUCGCGCCGCACCAAAGUCCGAGGAGGAGGCACUGCACUGUCUCGACCGGCAUGCCACUGGCCAUACGACAAGGCUGCGAAUUCUAAGAGUCUCUUGCAUCUGGACUACUGUUUCGCCUCGGCCUGUCAUUUAUCCCUGGGUCUUCUAGAAGAAGAACUCACAACUCUAUUCCAUACCGAUGCCCCCUGCACAACCUCCUCCGCCAGAGGCGGGAUGGCAUCAUCCCCCAGAUUUCCAUUUCGCACCUGCUUAUGCAACGCCUUUUUGACAACCUUCGUCGGCAAUCUUUCUGGAAUAUCGUGA